AUGAUGAUAUACUCGUUUUUUAUCGUUUUUUUUAGUAUUUAUGUUUUAGCUGUUGACUGCUUUUUCUACCAGGCUCUUCCACUUGUUGUCCACAAAGUCAACAAUACAUACACUGCCUACUGUCCCUGGAACGAUAGCAGGGACCCGAAUCUGAGGUGUAAAAUUUACAAGAACGUAAUGGGAUACUGCCACAAGGACGUCACGCCCACCUUUCAGGGGUUCCUCAACCCUUUGGUUCAGAGGCUGUUUUCAGAAGACCACUGCCAGCACUUGAAAACUACGUAUAAGGAUGUGAGCACUGCCGCCGGAACCUGCAAGAGCUACUCUCUCUGCUUCAACCUCAGCAGCAAUCGCAGCAUGUGUACUUGCGACGCAGGCUUCUUUGGCGACUCGUACGCCGGAUGCAAGAAGCACUGCUUCUCUGACGCCGAAUGCGUGAGCCCGGUGUCGCAUUGCAGGACUGGCACUGGGAGCGUCCUGUCGUACUGCACUUGCAACUCGGGGUACCAGGGCGACGGAGUGAUGUGCUACAAGAACCCCUGCGGAGAUGACAGAUUCGAGAAGUGCGGGCCCGAUAGAAAUAAAGUCUGUGUUCCAACCGGCCCCGGUGACGGCGAUUACAAGUGUAUGUGCCCAAAUGGGCAAUUUUUGGACUACAACAACAAGUGUGUGCCCGAUGUCACUCUGGUCAAGGACACUGUGCUAACCCUAACUGGCAAGAACGUCCAGAAUGGAAGCAGGGUGGAGGCUGGGGAGUGCAUCUCUUUCGUGCUCAACGACAACGGCAAGAGCAUUUUCUUCCACAAAAACUCUGGAGACUCAAUAUACGUGAGGAGGCCAAUAAAAAACGAAAAUGUCUUCACCGUUUUCUUCGUCUUAACUGACGAGGUCACCGCCUUUUCGGCUCUGCAUGACACCGCCUUCGGUCUCACAAAGCUGUAUUCCAUAUCGAACACCUUCAAAAGGUGCAAAUUCGGGCAGGUAAAGGUCACAAGGCCGAACGGUCACGAGAUUGUGGUUGGCGAGGAUACGACUGAAAAGGUGGAGGUCAAUGUUCGGAGUAUGAAUCCCGAGGAACUCGUGGGUGGAUUGAAAACGGCAAACAUACUGCCGGAAAAGGUGUUGGAGGGAGAAGUUUCCUCUGUGGAAGUGAGACCACUAUCGACGCUGGAUCUGCAGGGACCGACAUCUCAAGAGCUUUAA